GUCUUUUAACUAUAUAAACCAGUAUUCUCUCCCUUGUUAUAAACCAGUAUUCUCUCCCUUGUUGUCAUCUUCAGUCAAGAUGGCUCACAUUCCACAUCUCGUCAUCUGUCUGUCUUUGAUUUGUAUGUCUACUUCAGAACUUGUCAUUGAUGUCCAGCCCAGCGUUAUAUUACCAGAGAUAACACCCCAGCUUGUAAUUAACUGUUCUAUCACUAACAACCAAGUUCAACAUAUUCAAGUUAUCAAAUCUUUAACUCUUUCUCGUUUUAAUGAAACCAUCAGAGAAUUCGUGGAUCUUGUUGCUUUGGAUUCUUCAACGCUAGAUCUUAAGAAACUAAUGCCAUUUAAAUAUUCACAAAUCAGUUUCGGAAACCUGUAUAUAACUUUAACUCUAUAUAAUCCAACUGAAUUUGAUGCGGAAGUAUAUAGAUGUAUGGUCAAUGGGGACACUUCCAAUUGGACGAAUAUUUCUUUGUUUGCUAAGAAAUCAGUAGAACACGAGACUAAUUCAACAGCUUUAAUUGAAAAAAUCCGAAAUUUCAAGAAAGACGAGGUCAACUCCAAAUGUACCUUACAAAAAAAUGAUCAUACAGGCUCAAAAGUUCAUUUCUUCGCAAGUUCUGAUAUAUUUAAGGAAAGUAUCGAGCCUCUGACAUUAAAAUGUUCAUUCCAGGCAAUAAAACAAGAUGAAAAUGAAACUUCCACACUUCAAUCUUUGUAUAUACUUCACGAGUCUAAUCGCAUCAUCGCAAAUAUAAAUAAAGAUCGACAAGUUCUCACUCCCAGCCAAAGAGAUAACUCUAAAAAUAUUCAAGGUGAGAUCCAUGACGACGGAUCUAAAGAUUCCUAUCUUCAAGUCACUUGGAGCAAUGUGAAAUCCUCGGAGUCUGGGAAAUAUUUCUGUGAGGCUAAUGUUAAACAUUCCGAUGGAAGAGCUGAGAGACUCAGUGAGAUGUUAAUCAUUACAGUCGUGAGACCAACGUUCGAUGAUUUGGUCAAAGUAGUGGAGAAAUUAUUAGAACAAUUUAAUGAAUACAAGACACAUUUACAAGAAAAUGUAGAAAAGAACCGAGCAAUGUUGGACCGUAAUAAGCAAACCAUUUUACUUAUUAAAAAAGACGUACUCGCUAAUCAGCAGAGUCUACAGAACAUGAAGGAGGACUGGAACAGUAAUCAAACAAAUAUUAUAAGCAUUAAGGAAGAAUUACAAACUCAUCGACAAAAUAUGAGCACAUUGAAAGAAAACUUCGAGACCGUUUUCUCCAAUUUUUCAACUGCCUUGAUUGACAUAAAAAAUCAGAUUGUGAAAGAGAGAUCAGGAUUCAAACAAGUAUUAUCCUGUCGUGAUGUCAGAAGUAUAGCAGAUCGUCUGGUGGUAUUUUUAAUUUCCGGGUUAAAGGUCAUGUGUGACACAAAGACAGACGGCGGUGGAUGGCUCAUCUUUCAGAGAAGAAUCAACGGAAAAGUAGAUUUCUAUAGAGGCUGGAAGGAGUAUCGUGACGGCUUUGGAGAUUACGACAUUGGUGAAUUUUAUCUGGGCAACGAAAACAUAUUUAAUUUAACUUCCACUGGAAAAUAUGAUUUAAGAAUUGAUUUGAAAUAUAACGAUUUCUAUCAUGCGCAAUACUCUGAUUUUCAAAUACUGAGUGAAAAAGAGAAGUACAAAUUAAAGAUAGGAGCCUAUUCAGGAAAUGCUGGUGACAGUUUAUCAUAUCACAACGACGCGCACUUUAGUACUUAUGAUAAAGAUAACGACAACUCGUCGAUUAAUUGUGCAUCGACAGUCUCUGGAGCCUGGUGGUACAAAUCAUGCCACCAUGUUAACCUAAACGGUCGAUGGAGAAGUAAAGAAAGUGGCAAAAGCGUAAUUUGGAGAGCUUUAACUGGCGAACAGGAGAGUGUCUUAUAUUCUGAGAUGAAAAUAAGAGAAAAAGAUUAGAAACUAAUUUUUUUUUAUUAAUUGAAAUAUCAUUUCGUUAAUUUAAAUUAAUGUAUUAAAAUUGAGGGAAAAAAAAAACGUUUGUUCUUAUUUCAACAUCUAUGUUUCGUGAUUCGAAAAUAUAUUGUUUUUUAAAUUAA